CCACUGAAUUUCGUCAUGAUCUUGGGGGUCUGGAAGCUAUAAAAAGUGAAUCAGGGGCUGCAGGAAGCUCAUGAGCCAUGAAGUGCAAUCCUUGACUUCUGACCAUAGGAAAGACAACAGCAGGAGGAGCAAACUAGACGUGAUGGUUAUAGGGCUAAGUCUUCUGGAUUUGGAUCUUCAAUGGCCGGAGAAAGAUCGAGGAAGGGGUUGAAAUGAAUAUGAAUGCUAUCCUAGAAGAGAUUCUGAUUAAAAGGUCUCAACAAAAGAAAAGGACAUCUCCUUUAAAUUACAAAGAGAGGCUUUUUGUGCUUACAAAAUCCAUGUUAGCAUAUUAUGAAGGUCGUGCAGAGAAAAAGUACAGAAAAGGAUCAGUUGACAUUUCCAAAAUCAAAUGUGUUGAGACUGUGAAGAAUGAUGAUAUUGUUAUACCCUGUCAAAAUAAAUAUCCCUUUCAGGUUGUGUACGAUAAUAGCACACUUUAUAUUUUUGCUCCCACUGCCUAUAGCAGGGAUCAGUGGGUAAGAAAUCUGAAAGAAGAAAUAAAGAAUAAUAAUAAUAUAAUGAUUAAGUAUCAUCCUAAAUUCUGGACGGAUGGAAUUUAUCAGUGUUGUCGGCAAACUGAAAAACUAGCACCUGGCUGUGAAAAGUAUAAUCUCUUUGAAAAUGGAAUGAUGACUUCACCUUCAUCAACGACAGAAAAACAUAAGUUUCAGAGAAGGCCCCCACCUCCUGUUCCUCUAGAAGAAGAGGAGGAAGAAGAAGAAGAAGUAGUAAUAGCCAUGUAUGAUUUUGAGCCCACGGAACCUCAUGAUUUGAGAUUAGAAAGAGGUCAAGAAUACACCGUAAUUGAAAAAAAUGACGUUCAUUGGUGGAAAGCAAAAGAUAAAUAUGGAAACAAAGGAUAUAUUCCAAGCAAUUAUGUAACAGGGAAGAAGUCCAAUAGUCUGGAGCAGUAUGAGUGGUACUGUAGAAAUCUGAACAGAAGUCAGGCAGAGCAACUACUCAGAAAUGAGGAUAAAGAAGGGGGGUUUAUGGUGAGGGACUCCAGUCAACCAGGUUUAUAUACAGUAUCGCUUUAUGCAAAAUUUGGAGGAGAAGGGCUAUCUGGCGUAAGACACUACCAUAUAAAAGAAACAAUGACAGCACAAAAGCAAUAUUAUUUGGCAGAAAAACAUCUGUUUGACUCCAUUCCAGAGUUAAUCGACUAUCAUAAACACAAUGCUGCAGGCCUUGUGACGAGGCUACGAUACCCAGUGUCUCCAAAAGUGAAACCCUCACCAACUACUGCUGGAUUCAGCUAUGAGAAGUGGGAAAUCAAUCCUGCAGAGCUCACCUUCAUGCGAGAACUGGGCAGUGGUCUCUUUGGAGUAGUGCGACUCGGCAAGUGGAGAGCCCAGUACAAAGUAGCCAUCAAAGCCAUCCGAGAAGGUGCCAUGUAUGAAGAGGACUUCAUAGAAGAAGCUAAAGUGAUGAUGAAGUUGACCCAUCCGAAGUUAGUCCAGCUGUAUGGUGUCUGUACUCAGCAGAGGCCGAUCUAUAUAGUGACGGAGUUCAUGGAGCGCGGCUGCCUUCUAAAUUACCUUCGCCAAAGACGUGGACACUUCACGAAAGACAGCCUGCUGACAAUGUGUCAGGAUGUCUCGGAAGGGAUGGAAUACUUGGAGAGAAAUAGCUUUAUUCACAGAGAUUUGGCUGCUAGAAACUGCUUAGUGAAUGAGUCAGGAGUGGUGAAAGUGUCUGACUUUGGAAUGACCAGGUAUGUUCUUGAUGAUCAGUACACCAGCUCUUCCGGUGCUAAAUUUCCUGUGAAGUGGUGCCCCCCUGAAGUUUUCAAUUAUAGCCGAUUCAGCAGCAAGUCUGAUGUCUGGUCUUUUGGCGUUCUCAUGUGGGAAGUGUUUACAGAAGGGAAAAUGCCCUUUGAGACAAACACAAACUAUGAAGUAGUGACUAUGAUUACUCAAGGACACCGUCUAUUUCGGCCCAAGUUAGCUUCUAAGAAUGUUUAUGAUGUGAUGAAGAUGUGCUGGCAUGAGAAACCAGAAGAACGCCCCACGUUCCAGGAUCUCCUGCAUAUGAUUGAUGCUAUAGCUGAAGAUUCUUCCUUCUGACAAGGGCUGGCAGAAGUCCAAGAAUUCACAGCGAAGAGAUACCAUUUCAGAGAUGCUGCUGGGUUCUUCCCAGAGGCGCAGUCCUGGAUGCUGUUGGAGGACCACAGGAGGACAAGGCAAUUGUGCAUAUUGUUCCCUUGUCCCCAGGAGAAGAAGCUUCAUCAAGACAUCCAUAGUCUGUUUGGUUAUUGAAACAACACUGUUAUCAAGCGGACCCCAACGUGGGUUUGCUGAGGGGGAAAAUGUCCAUUUGUAGCAGGAUAAAACUACUGUAGAACAUAAACUAAAGUCAGCAGAAGCCUUUUAUAAGUCAGCUGUUGACAUGAAAGAGCAACAUUUAAAGUGAUUCUUGUAUAUAGCCUUGUCCAGUGUUGAGCCCUCAGAUGUGUUUGGCCACAUCUCGUUUCCAGCCAGCACAGAGGUUGGUGAACACUGGGUUGGUCAAGGCUGCUGGUGCACACUAGAGGUGUGACAGGUGGACAGCACGUGGAGGACAGAGGCUGUGAGCCACCUACUUGUCUUUCAACCUAAUGACCUCAGUGGCUUGUCAGGAAAAUAGGGACAAAGAAGAAUAGUACAGAAAUACCAUAAACGUCUCCUUGACUAGAAGCUGCUGAAAGACCCUCCCAGACCUGAGACAGAUUGUCAGGAAGGACACAAACAUAUGAGGAGUUUAAAACACAUCAUUCAUAAUAAAUGUAUUAUAAUACCAUCUACGUACUGUAAAUAUACACUGCACAUAGGUUUUCAUAUGAAAUGAGAAUUUAGUCUGUCCUAAACUAUUUAAAAGCACAACAUAUUGAAUUUUUUAUUGUAUGUUGCACAGUUUGGCAUUGAGCCUUAUAGCAAAACCAGAACAUGCUCUCAACUUUAUUGUACAUGGGAGUGUUUUUGAUCAGACUGCUAUUUUGACUUCACCAACUGCAAAGUGUGCUCCACAGUCCUGCUAGGGAAAUAAUGUAUAGCAAAAUGAGUCUUAAUAAAGACACUUCAUAUAAUAAGUAUGAAGUUGUGAUAAAA